AUGCCUUCGUACAAUAGUGAUCCUGUAAUCGACGAAGCUAAGGCUCCGGAACGCGACAUAUUCCAGUGCAACUUGGAACUUCCCAACAGCCUUGCGCUGGGCACUGCCAAACCCAGCAUCAACCCUGUCCGUAAUGCCAUUGAAUCCAUAAGCAUUGGUAAUGCAAUAGCAGGUGUAGACAAAGUGAAAGCCGCCAUUGUCAAAGCCUCCAUCAAGCCUCCUUCCAUCAAGUCUCUGACAAUCAUCAUUGAUACGGGUCCUGAUGAUGUCUCGCUGGGCCUGGGUGCAGUCGACUCCGCCGAAACAGUUUCCCUCGUAGCGAGCCUCGUUUCGCCAGGGGAAGCAGAGGAACAAACUGAUGAAUUGUUUUUGGGGCGUGGUAUAGCCGAAAGCUUUCGAUUGCUGAGCUGGCCACACUGCGUAAGUGAAAUGGCCGCUGAAACAACUGUAAAUCCUAUCGCAGCAUCAUCUAAGCUAUCCACAAUCUUCCAUCAAGGCUGGGCCAACACAAUCUCAGUUAUCAGCGUUGAAUAUGGCGGCGACGCAGCUAAGGAGGAUUUCCAGCCGGGCUAUAGAGGCUUUAGACAGCCCCUUAGAACCAGACAGAAGCUCUUUCUGUGUAGCGUCAUCACGAAGAGCAAGAAGAAGGUGGACUUAGGCGUUGUACGGCGUUGUCAGCACAACUCAUGUAUCGUAGACACUGAAUGA